AUGCUGAGUAGAAAAUUCAAUUUGCUCUCAGUUUUUCUCAUAUUGGCUACCAUCUUACCACUACUUUUAGCACAAAAUCGAUGGCCUGAUUGUCUAGCCAAAAAUGCACAUAUACAACCUAUACCGGCUGGUCAUAUUUUAAAUAAUAAAACCCAUAGACCCUUGAUUAUUGGUCAUCGUGGCAAUCCACGCAUUUAUCAAGAGAAUACAUUUGAUGGUUUCGUCAGCUUAUUGGAUACGAACGCUGAUGGUUUCGAAUUGGACGUAUUCUUAACGAAAGAUGAUCAACUAGUUCUAUUUCAUGAGCCGCAUACGGAGCAUUUGACUGGAACUGAUAAAAUCAUCUAUAAUAUGACCUACGCAGAGAUUUUAAGUGACUUAAAUUUGAAAGCAACAAUGAAAUACGGCGAAAAUACAUAUGAAUUUGGUAAAACACGAAAGCUUCCUUUGCUGGACGACAUAUUAAAACGAUUUGUCAACGAAGACAUGCUUAUAUUUAUUGAGAUGAAACCUGACACACCUGUUAAACAGCCAGAUAUGAAUUAUAUCAAUAAAAUCGGUGCUGCUGUUGGUAAUAUCGUUAGAAAGUAUAACUUGGAAAAUAAAUCCGUGGUUAAUUCUUUCGAUUUUUGGAAAGUUCGCGCUGCUAAAAUGAGCAAUCCUAAAUUAGUAGUCGGUAAUUACUUUUAUCCCGAUGAAUUCCAAGCGGCUACGUAUGAUAGCCAUGCAGAAUAUGGAUCCUUCCCUGGAUUAGAAGCUUGCUCCAAAGCCAUACCCGAUCGAUUGCAAUUUAUGAGAUUCUUAUUUGAAACAGGCGCAGUCUUGAAAACUUAUAAUGGCUCUUUCUUUACUAUGAAUUCGCUAGUCUAUAAUAAUCCUUUAGUUAGUAAUUUAACUAAAAAGCAAAUGGAAGGUUUAUUCGGAGGUCAAGUUAGCGGUGGGGCUUACACUAUCUAUAGGAUGGCACAAACGAUAGAACAAAUUGACGCUCAAGAAAAAGAAAUUGACAAUAUGAUGAAAUGGGGAGUUGAUAGAUUGAUAGCCGAUGAUGUUGGCAGAUUACUAAGAAAAUUCCGCCGAGCUCGCAAGCCGUUCCCAGAUUGUGUAUCUGGUGCAACGGGUGUUAUUCCAGAAGAUCACUUGUUUCAUAGCAAGAAGAAGCCAUUGAUUAUUGGCCAUCGCGGUAAUCCCAUGGUUUACCAAGAGAACACUAUGGAUGGAUUUGAAAGUCUUCUUAAAAAGAAAUAUGUUGACGGUUUCGAAUUGGAUGUCUUUUUGACAAAAGAUAAUAAAUUAGCUGUCUUCCAUGAUGCAGAUUUAGAACAUUUGACUGGUAAAAAACUUAAUAUCUACGAAUCAACAUACGAAGAAAUAUCCAAAGCCAUGGUAAAGAAGGAGAUUGACUAUAAUGUUAAAAUUUCCAAAACAUAUUCAUCUACAAUGGUCCGAAAUAAUUUACAAUCGAAUUAUCGGGAUUUAAUUAUUAGUCCUACCGCUAAUAUUUGA